CCUAUCAGCAAUUGACGGAGAAUCUUAAUAAUAGCUGGCCUCUUAACGAGCAAGAUGAAGAAUCAGCUCAAGGAUGGCGCCGCAUUUGUCCCGGCGCGCGGGUACGACGUUAGAUCGGAUAGAUGGUGUCGUGGCUAGACCAGCUGGUCUUUUCUCGUCCACUUAUUAUAUCAUCAUCCCGUCGAAUGGUUUUUGAGGAGGAAUGUAGAUCAUCUCAUCUAUUGAUCAUCCUUUGUCGGAAAAUUUCACGGGAAGUUUGACGGGAACUAGUCUGCAUACUUCGCAGCCCCAGGUAUUAAGCAAAGCCUCCCCGCUUCUCGGGUCCCGCGAGUAGUUGGUUCGUCAUACACGAUCAAUACCUUCUCCCUGUGUAUCACCAAGAGGAGCAGCACAAGAUGGCAGCCAUGGAGAGCCAUCUGGUUGAUCGCCACAUCCAAGAUCUCACCACGGCGAGCAACUUAGAGAAGCACUGGGGUUAUGUCGACAGGGCCAUCCCGUGUACGAACGAUGCCGGAUCGUGCGCGUACCUAGAUCAAGUGUACGCAAAUCAUGACCUGACGAUGGUCUAUUCCGGGAUAUUCUGGUCCAUAAUCGGUGGCGUCCUUUUGCUAUGGGCUAUUGGGAGACAGGUCUUCCCAUCUCCUCGUGCUGAUGAAGUGUUCGCGGGUGUCUUGGACAACGAAAAAUUGACGAAAAGGAUAGCGGAACGGCGCUCGCGGAUAAGGAUGACAGCAGCGUCACUGACUCGUCGUUACUUAUUACCCGACUCUGUGCGAUUCGUUUUUGGUCGGACAACACGACUCCAAGUUCUAAUACUAGCUGUGCUAGCGGGCUACCUGUUCAUAUUUAGCUUCACCGGCCUCACGUACGAGAAGUGGAUCACGCCAGUAAAGAACAAGGUCGGCCUUUACAACACGAGAACAACUCUGGGUCCGUGGUCUGAUCGAAUCGGUGUCUUCGCCUAUGCUCUUACGCCGCUCUCUAUCAUGUUGUCGAGCCGAGAAUCGAUUCUCUCCUUAAUUACAGGUCUUCCCUAUCAGAGCUUUAACUUCCUUCACCGGUGGCUAGGCUACAUCAUCGUUAUUCAAGGCACAUUACACACCAUUGCCUGGACGAUCAUUGAAGUCCGGUUGUACCAGCCCCAGCCUACAACUGCGCAAGAAUGGAUUAAGCAGUUAUACAUGAUUUGGGGAGUUGUUGCCUUGGGCCUGCUGCUUCUCUUAUUCGUCUUGAGCACGCCAUGGGGAAUUCGCCUCACAGGUUAUGAGUUCUUUCGCAAGGCACACUAUGUUUUGGCCAUGGUAUACAUCGGGGCUUGCUGGGGUCACUGGUCGAACCUGAAAUGCUUCCUGAUUCCCGGAUUGGCCAUUUGGGGUUUGGAUCGUGGAGUGAGAUACUUCCGCUCGGCACUUAUUCAUUACCAAUAUCUUCCCGAUGGAUCAAUGGGGUUUAGAGCCGCACAUGCCUCUUUGACGCAUUUCCCCGAUGCUGAGCAUGGAGAUGUGGUGAGGAUGGAUUUUAAACAUCCGCAAGAUCCGUGGAAAGUCGGACAGCACUUUUACCUGUGCUUCUCGGAAUGCAGCAUCUGGCAAUCGCACCCCUUUACGCCGCUUAACUUGCCGAAAGUAGAAAACGGGCUCGUGUCCCACUCGUAUAUCCUCAGGGCGAAAAAGGGAGAGACGAAGAAAGUUGCACAGUUAGCCGCAAAGAAAUUGGCGGAGGCGCCUAGUGCUACUACCCCUUUAAUAUUAUCUGGAUCUUAUGGAGAGUCGAUAGUAGAACACUUAACGCCCGAUGUUAAUGUGCUUUGUGUGGCCGGUGGAACAGGAAUCACAUACGUCUUGCCAGUUUUACUCGGCCUGAUAGAGAAGAAGGAAGUCAAAGACCGAAAAGUACAGUUGGUCUGGGCAAUUCGAAAGAAGGAUGAUAUCCGUUGGAUCGAGAAGGAACUCAACGGCAUUCGCAAAGCCGCAAAAGCACAUAAAAUCGAAGUCCACAUAUAUGUGACGAGAGAGGCAAGAGCCAAGAAUCUAUCAAGCAGUGAUGACAUAUCUGAGAAGGGAGAUACGACUUCAAAGGGAGCCGGCGCAUGCUGUUCGGCUACUUCUUCGAUUAGGGAGGUGCAGUCGAACUCAACUAUCGACGUUCAGAGGAUAGGGGGAGAGGGAUUCGAUACACAUCCUAACCUUGAAAGGAUAGUGAAGGAGUUCGUCGAAGGUACCGUAAAAGGUUCGACAACUGUAUAUGCGAGCGGGCCGGGUGGUAUGAUCAGCGACUUGAGGAGGGUUGUGGCGUCUUGUAAUUCAGGCGCGAAGGUCUGGAAAGGUGACGAACGAUAUAACGUUCAAUUAGUAUGUGACGACCGACUUGAGUGGUAGACAUACAUUCAGACAGUAUGAAUAAUGAAAAAGUAUAAUGGUCAAAGCUCUCGUCAACGUUGUCGUCGUGGUGACCGUCCGUGUCAGGUGGUCAGAGUGGCCAGGCAGC